UGCAGUGGAGAUGGAUCAGGAGGAGCUGUUGUCUAACCUGAAGAAGGAUGUGCGUUCACUGCUGCUCUCCUCUAAAGUGGGCCUGGACCCCGAGGAGUUGAGGACAGACUACAUCGACAUGCUGGGCCACCCCAUCCCUCUCCAGCCCCUGGGCUUCAGAAACGUCCUGGACAUGGUCAGAGAGAUGCCCGAUGUGGCCUCCAUCGAGUUCAGAGCUGACGGAUCUGUUUAUCUGAGGGCUGUGAGCGACGAGAAAACGCGACACAUCGAGGAGCUGGUGUCCCGACAGCGCACGUCUCUGGCCGAUAAGAAGCGUCUGCAGAAGAGGUCGGGGAGCUUCUUCUCUCUUCAAUACAGACACAGCCCAAAACAGAUGCCUCUGCCCAGGAGGGGGCGCACUCCUCCGGCUCUGCCCGCUCAGCUCCGGGCACAGCUCCGCAUGCUACUCUCACAGGGCCCGAUCCUUCUCUCUGAGCUCGAGUCCAGUUUCCUCCUGCGCUUCGGCCACCCUCUGCGCGUCCAGUCCUACGGCUUCUACUCCACGGCCGAGAUGCUGGAGGCCGCUCCGGACCUGCUCGCCAUCAGCCAGAGCAGACUGGGCUCCGUGCUGUCGCUACGGGUACAGAUGCUCCCUAAACCCCUGUACGCCACGAGCAGACCCCCGCCCAGACCAGCGCCGGAGAGGGUCUUCAAAAUGCAGCCGAAACCUCCAGGAAACCAAGCUUUGAUCACAGUCCCACAGGUGUCCGAGGCUCGUCCCGUCGCCGCGGAGACAGCCCCCGCCCCUGCAGAGCGAAAGGGGGCGUGGCCAGAGGGGGUGGAGCUUACAGGGGCUGAGCUCAUAGAAAACAUCCCGGAGAAUCAGGAGGAGCAGCGCUUUGAAGACCGAGUGCACAAGCUGGAGGAAGAGUUUCGCCAACAAAUCCAGGAAAAUGGAGUCGCUGGAACCAUAAGUCGGGAUUUAAAAGGCAAACUGCAAAAGGUCGUAGCGCAGUGUCCAGGGGGAGUGUCCGUUCAUGACCUCCCCGUGAAGUACCAGGUGACGUUUGGAGAAGAGCUCCCCCUGCUGGAGAGUGGCUUCGUCAGCGUCACGGAGCUGGUGGGAGCCAUGACGGACAUGUUCCACCUCCGGCCCGACAGCGAGAGGGGAGAGUCAAUCAACUGGACUGUGACCGAAAUACAGGACGAGGGGAGCGAGCGCGCGGCCUCUGAAAGUGACGGGUUCAAGCUGCCUUCCCACAGUUAUUACUUCAGAAGUGGACCGUCUCCGUGGGAGGUGGAGGAGGGCGAGGAGGAGGAACCCAUCGAAGAACAGGACACAGCCAGCAGCGCUUGGCCUCUGCAAACAAUCUACCCGCCCAUGCAGGUGCACAGCUGCCCCGCGGUGCCCCUGGACGCCCUGCAGAGCCAGCGCCUGCAGCCGCCCACGCCCCACGCCUCUCGGGAGCUUGUGGCCGUGUUCGUGGAGGAGGUGGAGACUCCCGGGAGCUUCUACAUCCGCUUCAGUGACACGGACGAGGCGAGGGCCAUGGAGAACAUGAUGCUCGAGAUGAGACGGUGCUACGCGUGUCCGGAGGUGUCGAAGCGUUACCGCCUCCCUCCGCGGUUGGUUCGUCAGGGGCAGGCGUGCUGCGUGUCGCCAAAGGGGAUGUGGUUCUAUCGGGUGGUGAUCCAUCAGGUGCUCGGCCCGACUCAGGUGGAGGUGUACUACGUCGACUUUGGAGCCAUCACUGUGGUGCAGACCUCCCAGCUCAAGUUCCUCAAGUCGUGUUAUUCAGCGCUUCCAGCUCAGGCCGUGCCCGCUUCACUCGCCGGAAUCAAACCAACAAAUGGGAGCUGGAGCCCGGAGGCCACAGAGGACUUUGAGAAGCUGUGCUCAGACCGGACACUAGUGGGCGCUCUGGACUCCUACAGUGGAGACGUGCUGGUGUUGUACCUGUGUGACACCAGCACAGAUCAUGACCUGUACAUCCACUCUGCUCUGCUCCAGAGGGGACACGGGACGGCCUGCAGCCCCUGGGCCAGCGGCACGCUGUGUCCUCACAUCACCCCGGUGAGUCUGUACCUGGGGGAGGGGAUGGUGGAUCUGCCGGACCCCGAGGUGUCCGACCCCCGUCCGGAGCAGCCGGGACCCCCUACGAUUUUGAAGUACGACAUAUCGCUGAAGUGA